AAAACAAAUAUGGCGGCCAGGGUAACGGUUGUAAACCUUAAGGACAUAUUUGCCUAAUUUACUUCGUGGCUCGUAGCUCCUCUUGUCCGGUUUUCACAGUGUGAUAUAGUUUAUUGUCAUAAAGUGACCAACACGGUUGAAUGACUCUUUCUGUGCGGAAAAUCGAAAGCAGGAAAGUAAACGGAAGUGACGCAUCACGUUUGAAACCAAACAUCCGCCUUGUGGAGCGUGUGUUUAUGAUGCUAGGUGCGUGUUUACAGUCGAACAAUGCUAGCGAAAAUAUUAAAAAUAUAUCGGUUUAUCGCGCUGCCAAAUGGGGGGUGUCGUAUAACACCGCCUUACACCAAGGACUGAGCAAGAUGUAGCGUUUGAGUAUGUUCCCUUCGAACAAGUAAACAAGACCUGGACUUUGCUCUGGAGACGGUCCGAGAGUGAACGUCAAUAAAGCGGUGACAUUACCAUGGGUUUAGUGAAUGUUGUCAUCUCCACGGUAGGAAAAUGCCUGGACGCCGUGUGCUUGCUGCUGGAUCUGAACUUCCUCAUCGUCCACAGCGUGGUGCGGACGCUGCUGGCGCUUAUCAGCUUCAUAACCAACCUGCCCACCCUGCUCCUCGACUCGCUCCUGGAGCUGGGCAACUUCAGCGUGGUGUGCUUGAUGUCCACGGCGGAGGCGACGUCGAGCGUGGCCCACGGCACCGUGAGCGCGGCGGGGAGCCUGGCGCUGGCGCUGGAGGGGCUGCUGGAGAGCCUGAAGAUGGUGGGCUACCUGUCCAUGCACGUGCUGCUCCGGGGGAAGGAGCAGCUGUGUCGAGGCGUGCUCUCGCUGGUGGAGGGCUGCAGCAUCGCCGUCAGCCUGGUGCUCUAUUUGACCAACACCGUGGUGAACUUUGCACUGAUUGCCACUCAGAAUGUGUAUCUGUCCGCGGUGAGCGUCAUGCAGACCGUGUCCACCCCGCUGCAGAAGGUGCUGGAGCUCACGCUGACCUCCUUCACCUUUCUGUACAGCAGCCUGGUUGGGACGUCUGCCUUCCUGUGGUCGCCCUGUAAGCUGCUGUUGGACUUACUGGUCUCGCUGGUGCACAUGUUCCUUAGCAUCUUCAUACUGAACAUCUAUGGUCUUCUGCUCACCAUCGCUGUCACUCUAACUACCACGGCCUACCUGAACCCAGGACUGACCCGACAGGCCGCGGUGCGAUUUUGGGCUCACAUUAACUCCUCUCCUGCUCUACGUAGGCUCCAUCAGGCCUUACGGCACCUGGUGUCUGCUUUGCAAGGCGCCUCGCAUGUUGCACGGAGCAACAUACGACACCUACAGAGGCUGCUCUAUAAUCUCUACCUGCUGGAGAGAGGACUCUGGCAGCAGCUGUCUCGACACAGCAGUCAGCUCGGCCUGGCGUUGCGGACGAACCUCCACAGGGACAACAACGACAGGGCGCGAGGCGACGGCAAUCCAGGAGCGGAGCGACGGGACCCACCGGAUGGAAGAGCGGGAGAUGGAGACCACCAGGAGCUCCCAAAUACAGAACCAUCCUCAUCCAGCACCGACCCCGCUCUGGAGAGGUCGCCAGACAAAGGUGGUGACGUCAAAAUUCUGCCCGCUGCGAAUCUGCUCAGUCUGCUGAAGGAGCAGGAGGACAGGAAGAAGUGUGUGAUCUGCCAGGAUUGUACCAAAACAGUGGUUCUGCUGCCCUGCAGACACCUCUGCUUGUGUAGAGACUGUACAAACAUCCUGCUGAGGCAGCCCAUUUACCAACAGAACUGCCCACUGUGCCGCCACAUGAUCCUUAAUACUAUGGAUGUGUAUCUAUGAAGAACCACUGAGCAACUAAGGGCUCUCUGACAGCCCAUAGCUAGACUUGACGUCUGGUGAUAUUCUUUGCUGUAAACAAAUCCAAUGGCAAGACUAAGAGUCACAAAGUGUUGAUUGGGUUCUCGUGUUUUACACUUUCUCCACAAAGGUAAACAUUCUUUACACAGACAAUGUUAGUUAGUAAGAUCUGUUUAAUUUAGGUUCAUAGGGUUUAUGGAAGCUCAAAAAUACUUUACCCUAAAGAAGCUGGUGUCAGACCUGAGCCUUCUGCACGCAGCUCCAGGAGAAAGAGAGGUAAAUGCUCGCUGUGGUCCAAUACCACACUCCAGUACAUACCAACUGUGUACAUACUAACAGUACAUACUAUACUGUGUAUAGUAUGUACUGUUAGUCAGUCUAAAGCAUAGCAGCACAGGGCCACUACUAAAUAAAAGCCGUGAUUGCAAUUCACGGUUAGCUGCUGCUGCCUUUUUUUUUUAAUAAAUUAGUCAGUCAGAUGUAAAAUUUAAAAAAAUGCACCCAGUCAUAGCUUUUAAGAAUCAGAAGUAAUUUGGGUGGAAUGGAUCUCAGAUUCAUGUAAUAGUAUUUGUAAUGUGGACCUUGAGAGCUGUUUCAGUCUCUGGUUUUGUAGCCAUGGUAACAGAUAAGAACCCCCCCCCCCAUGCCUAAACCAUGCAUCAUGUCUAAAAUUGUGUUUUAAGGGGCCAAGCUGAGAGAGAGAGCACUAAGUGAUUCCACACGCGCCGGCUGUAUGACUGUACUCGCAGCAGAAGUGUCACCUUUUGAUGCAGAGGAUAUAUUGAACCUUUUAAGUUUAUUAUGUUCAUUUUGCACCAAACUUAAACAUUUCCGUAUCUGAGGAUAGCGAUUAAUAAUUUUCCCUGUCAGCAAGUGAUGAAAUCUAGUUUGAUUCCAUUUCCUCGUUCUAUUGAUAGCACUCCUUCCAGUUUUCCAUCUGAGGCAGAUUACAGUCACCACAACCACAUAAUCUAUAAGAGGCUUCUUCUUUGCUUUGUCACUGUAGGAACAAAAACUGAUUCCUUUUGUUUAAAAGCUCCAUAAAGCUUUUGCUUUUAAGGUGCUGCUGUUGAAGCUUUGUUGGUAUUGAUCUGUGUUUAAGGUUUACAGAGCAUAACUAUGACUAAUGUGUUAUUGAUUCCUAUUUUGUUUUGUUUGAACUGAGAGAAAACAAAAGUGCCAUCUGCCAUUUAUCCUUGUGCUUUUUGUUUGCUUUGCUGAUAACUUGUGCAUUAUUGCCAGACUGUGACAUUACCACAUUCACUACAUCACGGAUAGCAUUAUUGCCGCAGUCUGAUUGUUGCCGUUUGAUGAGGUUGUGAAUGAUUUCUAGAGGCCAGACUGUUUGAUUAUAGACUCUACUGCUCCUCAUGCAUUCCCCCACACACCAGUGAACAGCAUUCCUGACUACAGCCUGCAGCAGACUGAAAACAGCUCAGAUGACCAUCACAGUGUGAGACAAAGUGAGUGUAAGUUGUGUUUUUAUUGCUAUGGCUGCCACACCGUUGGCAGAUCUCGUGUUCAUAAUAAAACAAUUGUUGAAACUCUCA